GUAUUCCAAAGAUUUGAAUCAAUGUGUAUAUAUACGUAGCUUUCGCCAUAGGACUAUUUUCAAACACAUUAUUGUUAUAAAUUAAUGAAUAAAAUAGAACAAUGAACGGCGAUAUAAAUGAAGCCGCGGAGAGGAAUCCUCCUCUAUGGGAGAGGUUAGGCUGCGGUCACAUCACGCGACUGUGUCGACGGAAAAGGCGCAGGGUGUUUCCAGACGGCUCCAACGGCAACAGAAAAGAAAAUCGCCGUCGCAUCAAUCGCCCCCCCUCCGCGCAAUACAGCCCGCUCAGCGAAGCGGUGCGCACAAACACACCCCCCGGCUUACAGUGUGCAUUGUUCUGUGGGGGAUCUCGCUGCAAAUAUGAAUUGCCGUCACAGAAGUCUUCAGCUAUACAGGGACUGUAUUCUGAUUGGGUCACAGAAGACAUUCUGGCGAUGGCGCGACCCAGCACCACGGGCAUCGCUGCUAGAAAUAUCAUACAGCAAUUUCACAGCUGGGGCAUCCGGACGGUGUUCAAUCUUCAGAUGGCCGGAGAGCAUGCGAGCUGCGGCCCACCUCUAACCAAAUCUGGUUUCACAUACGACCCUGUGAUAUUCAUGGCAAAUGAUAUAUACUAUUACAACUUCGCUUGGCCGGACUACGGUGAAGCGAGCCUCAGCGGUCUACUGGAUAUGACCAAAGUCCUCUCCUUUGCUUUGCAGGAGGGUCGGGUCGCCAUACACUGUCAUGCAGGUCUCGGAAGAACAGGAGUGCUCAUAGCCUGCUACCUCGUGUACUCGCUCCGCAUCAGGGCGAAUGAUGCAAUCCGGUUGGUGAGGAAGAAGCGGCCCAGGUCGGUGCAGACCAGUGGCCAGAUACUGUGCGUGCAGCAGUUUGAACACUAUAUACUUCCCCAAACGGUUGUUUUUAGCUCGAAAGAUCCUCUGAUGCUGACGAGAGAUUCAAAGACAUGCGAGUUCACGCUGCGUCAGUAUUUACAUCGGCAGCGAGCGACACUUCAUGGAAUCGAGGAACGAGUAUUUAGAGAAUUACCUAAGAUAGUCUACUGUCUCUGCGAGCGGCUGCUCAAGUUGUGUGGAUGUCAGAAAAGUGCUGGAUUGGAUUAUACUGUUAAGAACAAGCCCUUUUACAAGUCAUUCAUUUGUUACAAGCUAAAAGAAAGCAGACCACCCGAUCUGACGACACCUGAAGAAGUACAAAAUGGCCAACCAAUGAAUCUACCAAUGGUAGAAUGGCGGAAUGCUGUAGAAGAAGAUGUGGAAAGGAACCUGGAGUCUGUUAGCAGGUACACCGGGACUGGAGGAAGCAUCGCCGCUGUCCAGGUCUACGAAGCAUUUAUAUUUGACCAUCAAAGUCUUCCAGAGGAAAAACUCAAGUAUCUCAAGCAAUUACGCGCAGAAAUUAACCAAAAAAGGGAAGCGAUGAGCCAGAUAGACGAAGAGGAGGAUCCAAUAAUCUUAACAGGGCUGUUAUUUCAAUGGCUUGAGGGAUUAAAGUGCCCAAUUUUAGACAAGGAGGAUCUUUCAAAUAUCGUUAGCCGUUCCACUAAUAUCGAAACAUGUAUACGAGCACUGCAAAUGGAAGACAUUAUGUUAAUAGAGUAUUUACUACGCUUCGUUAUAAGACUGCGCCCAUUAGUGGCGAAUAAGAAAGUCGAUAUUCUAAAACGCCUUCUCGCUUCAUUGUCGCACCAGUCAGUCAGUUUUAAUGGCAAAUUACUUCCUAACGAAUGUUUGCCUAAAUUGAGGGAAGGAACUUGCAGUAAUGUUAUCAAUUUUAUGUUACGCAUGGUGUUAGAAGUACAAAAUGAUAUAGCAAAACCGAGUCGGGAUGAUGUUGAUGUUAUCGUACCACCGAGAAAAAUAAGAAUAAAAGCCUGGAAAUAGAAAA